UUUUCUUUCCAGACGCCACAGUUCAACACAAAAACAAACUUGAAACCAGACGGGCUUUGGGGUCAACACUUGUGCGUGUGUUCUCGGCUAAAGCGGAGAAACACAAAUCUUGUUACUAAAGAGAUUUUCUCUUUUUUUUAAUACAUCUGUUGUUGGAACAAAGAGGAAGGACUGUGAAACGAAGAAGAAAAAGAAAAAAAGAACCUUUGGAAAGGAAGUUUUGCGUCAGUGAGUGCGCACUUUACGCACAGUGCGCACUGUGAAACUUUGACAUGUUGAAUAACCUCGGCUGUAUCGCUGCACACUUGUUUGGCUACAUUUCCUUUGUUGUUUUCGACUCUCCGGGGCUCGCUGUGAUCAUGUGUCGUGGCUAAAAAAACUUCUUUAAGAAAGAAAAACGCACUGACAAACAAAACCCCUAAAACCUGCGGCAGUAUGGGGGCCAAGCAGAGCAGCCCUGUGUUUGACAGCAGAACUCGAGCUUAUUCCAGCUCCGAUCUUCCAUCUGGAAAUUCCAGCAGAGGAGAAAGGUUUGCGGGGUUCAGGUACACAAAUGGACCCGAUGGCCCAAGAAUCCGGUUCACGAGUGGAGGGCCAACAAAUUCUGGGCUCAACAUACCGGCCGGCGGCAACCAGAGCCUCGACGGCACAGAUGGUGACGAUGAGGGCCAGCUGCCCCCAGAGGGACACAGGCUGCUUAUAGGGUCCCUGCCGGCCGAACUGUCCUCACGCCUGCUCGGGGGCUUCCACUGUCCCGUUUGCUCCAAGUUCAUGGCGUCGGAUGAAAUCGAGAAGCACCUGCUCAUGUGUUUCAGCAAGACGCGCCUCACCUACAACAAGGACAUCCUGUCCAGAGACUCUGGGGAAUGUGCCAUCUGUUUAGACGAGCUGGAGCAAGGAGACACCAUUGCCAGACUGCCUUGCCUCUGCAUCUACCAUAAAGGGUGUAUAGACGCGUGGUUUGAGGUGAAUCGCUCCUGCCCGGAACAUCCCAGCGACUAGGAGCUGCAAAUGUCCACUACCACAGUACAUCACUGGGAUCGACUGUGUGCCCUGACCUCAUCCCAACACUGUCUUUUCCAGUCACGCAUCAGCGCUCCUCAGGGAUUAUAAGACAUUAUUGUGUGCAGAGUUUUCACAUUGCCUCAUGGACUUUGGAUAUGCCUCCUUAGGUGAAGUGAAAUGUUCAAGGAGCUGCAACGGUGGAGUCAUUUCAAAAUAUGUGACAUCCCUCGUGUCACCUACUGGCCUAAAGAAGAUUCAUGCAACCUAGAAAAUGAGCUGGGCUGGUUUUUUUUUUGUGUGUUUUUUUUUGUGUUUUUUUUUGUUGAGCUGGGUGUGGUUUUUAUAGGAGAGGACUUCUAAGACCGACAUCUCUCUUCAGGAGGGACUGAGGCCAACAGACUGUGGAGAGAGACGAUGAGAGGGCUGAUGUUGUGCAAUAUGAAAAGCAGCCACAGGGACUGGGAAGGAAAAAAAAAUGUCUUUAUCAGCUUUAAGGGAUGAUUGCAGUGUUGACGUAAGGAAGCAGAUCUCAAUGUUAUUGCAAAAUAGGCUGUCGAUAUUGUUUGGUAAACAAUCAUGUGUCAUAGACCAAGCAGUCUAACGUGAAAUAGUUGGACGAUUACCACUUGGCCAUUUAGAACCACAUUACUGUGAUUGCGUAGUUUAGUUGUGGGUUUUUUGUUUUUUUUAAAAAGUUGGGUUGUAACAUAUCUACUGGUGAUUCAUUCUCUCUCUCUCUCUCUCUCUCUCUCUCUCUCUCUCUCUCUCUCUCUCUCUCUCUCUCUCUCUCUCUCUAAAGAGUGCCAUAAUAUGCUGCUAUGUGAUAGACUGGAAAGUUUUUCUAUAACCUUUGAACCUUUUCGGUCAAUGUUCUUUCUGUUUGUACUGUGAUGAGUUGCACAACAAUAAAUAUUUUGUCUUUGUGUCUUUUUCCUGCAUGAGAACUGUUAAUGUACAUUUAUGUGUCUUUACACUCGUCCUCCAAUUAAAA